AUGGAGUGGACCAAGCAGACGUAUAACAGCCAGUACGAGAAGUGGGUGCCCUGGAUGGAGGACAUGUACCUCUACUACUUCACCAAGGACAACAAGACCAGCUACGCUGCCAAACAAAACCUUGACAAGUCCAAAGUCACGGGCGUCGACCAGGUCGACAAGCUCCAAGACGGCGUCAACGGUGUCGCCGCCGGCCAACUCGGACAGGGCGGUCUGCUCCAGCCUGUCGGCGACCUCACCUCCAAGGAGGGCGCCAACCGUGCCGAGCGUCAGGGCAAGGGCAACGACGGGAGCUACGUGCCCGGCCAGGAGAAUCUAGCCAACGCCGCGUCGGGCGUCGCCGAGGGCGGCAAGAAUGUCGCUGGCUCAGCUGCCUCGGGCCUCAAGGGCGCUGGCGGCUACCUAGGUCUCGGUGGCGGCAAUAAGCAGGAGGGUGAGGAGAAAGAGCAGAAGUAG